AUGGAAGGAUUUGAUGAGAUGAAAAUGAAGCAGCUGCAGCUGCUUAAAGAAAAAAUGAUGAGAAACGCAAAGGCACAGAAAUCAGAAGAAAUGAAAAAAAGUGUUGAAAAUAUAUCAAAUGUAUCAAAUGUAUUAAAUAUAUCAAAUGUAUCAAAUAUAUCAAAUAUAUCAAAUAUUUCAAAUAUUUCAAAUAUUUCAAAUAUUUCAAAUAUUUCAAAUAUUUCAAAUAUAUCUAAUACUUCAAAUGUUAGAUCUCUUGAAAGUAAAGAUUUACGAUUUAGUCUUAAAUCUGGAAAGAAAAUAUUUUUUGAUGCGUCUUUUCAAAAUAAAAAAUUGUCUGUGCAUUCAAAAAAUGGAAGGAAUAUUUUUCAGACUUCAAAGAAUACAAGCUUUGUUUCUAAGAAUAAAAGUAAUAUUCUAAAACUAACAACUGAAGAAGAUUUAUUUGAUACACCCUUAUCAUUUGAAGAAGUUAUGAGAAGAAAAAAUGAAAAGAAAAAAAUGGAACUAGAAAAAAAUAAUCAAACGAAUUUAAAUGAAAAUUUUAUUAAUAAUAAAGAAGGAAAUAUAAGUCAAAACACUUAUAAUAACAAUAAUUCACAAUUGUUUAAAAUUCAAUAUGAUAAUCUGAAUACAUCACAAGAAAAACAAAAUGGUACUACAAUGAAUAAUAAUAAUAAUAAUAAUGAUGAUGAUAAUAAUAAUGAUGAUGAUAAUAAUAAUAAUGAUGAUGAUAAUAAUAAUAAUGAUAAUGAUAAUAAUAAUAAUGAUAAUAUUAGUAAUAAUAAUCAUAUUAAUAAUAAUAAUAAUAUUAAUAAUAAUGAUGAUGUAAAUAUUCAUAGUAAUAAUAAUACACAUAUUAAUAACUUACAAAAAAAUAAUUCUCUUGUAAAUGGUAGCUUGUUUCAAAAUAAUAAUUCCUCUAACAUAGAUAUCAUUAAAAAUACAAACGCAAUAAAUAAAAAUCCUUUUAACAAUUUUUUUACUCAAAAUAUUUCUUCAAAUAAAGAAGAAGCUUGUAAUGUAAAUAAAUUAAAUUUAACCCUUCCAUUUGAUGGUUCUUCAAAAGAUGAAAAGAUCCAUUCAACUAAAUUUGUAAAUAAUAAUAAUAUGGAUAGUAACAAUAAUAAUAAUAAUAGUAAUAAUAAUAAUAAUAGUAAUAGUAAUAAUCAGUUAUUAAAUAAUAACAUUUUUUUUAAUAAGGAUUCCAUUUUUGACAAUUCUUCGAGAAAUAAUUAUAUUGUUUCUUCUGAUGAGAAAUAUAAUAAUAACCAUAAAGAAAAUAAUAAAAACGAAUCACAUAAUAUAUUUAAAAAUGAUAAGAAUAAUAUGAAUAGUACUAAUAUUUUUGGCACAAAUAUUUUUAUGACAAGUGAUAAAAUAAUAUCUAAUAAAAUAAAUAAUAACAAUCAAUCUAAAAAUAAUGAUAGUAUAUCACAAAAUAUUUUUACAAGCAACCAUACUCUCGAUCAAGUGAAAAAUAAUACGAGCAAGUUGUUUAAUGAUACAACUACAGAAAUUUAUAAAACGAAUAUAAAUAAUAUGGAUAGUAUUAAUAAUAAUAAUAAUAAUAUAUUUAAUAGUGCCUCUGUUAAUAAUAAGAGUAUGUUUAUGAGUGGAAAAAAUUUAUUCGGUAUACCAAUUGAAAGAACAACAAAUAAUAUAUUUUCAAACAAGACAGAAAGUAAUAUUAUAAAUACAAAUAAUAUGAACAUGAAUGAAAACAACAUGAACAAUAAUAAUAUGUUUAAUAAAACAAUAAGUGGUAGUACUAAUAUAUUUGGUAAGCCAUCUAUGACAAAUAAUAUUUUUAAUAAUACCUUUGCAAGUAAUCUGAAUAAUAAAAAUAACAAUAUUUUUUUCAACAAUGGUAAUAAUAAUAUGAAUAGCAUCAAUAGUAUGAAUGGCAUCAAUAAUAUGAAUAGCAUCAAUAAUAUCAACAGUAUCAAUAAUAUUAAUAAUAUUAUUUCUAAUAAUUCGGUUAAUCCAUUAGACACUAGCCAUACGCUUCAAAAUGAAGAUAACAAAAUAAUAAUGAGUAAUAAUAAUCAUAUAGAAAAUAUAGUUCAAUUUAAUAGCUCUUCAAAAAAUGAUGAUAAUAAUUUAAAUGUAUCAUAUAAAUCUUUUGAAAAUAAAGAAAACACCAUGACCACUACUACUACUAAUAAUAAUAAUAAUAAUAAUAAUAAUAACAAUAUAGUUGUUGAAGAUAAUGUUAAUAAUAAUUCACAAUAUUUAUAUAUUCAAAAUACGAAUGAAAACAAUAACGAUAUUGUUUAUAAUAAACAAAAUACUAAUAUUAUUAUUAAUACAAAUAAUAAUGAUAAUAUGAAUAAAGAAAUUAUUACAACCAUGGAAAGUCCCAGUGAAAACAAUACCAUAUGUAGAGGAGAAGAUCAUAUGAAUUCACAAGUAAAUGUAAAUAAUAUAGAUGAUGUUAUAAAAUCAGAAAAAGUAGACACACAACAGAUAAUAAGUAAUAAUACCAGUGAAAGUAAAGAACCAAAAAAUUUAAAAAAAACUUUUACUAGCUAUUUUAAUAAUUUCAUUCCAUCUAUAUUUACAAGUGAAAAUAAAAAAGAAUCAAAUGACGAACAAAAUUGUAACAGUGAUAAGAGUGAUAAGAAUGAUAAGAGUGAUAAGAGUGAUAAGAGUGAUAAUAAUAAUAAUAAUAAUAACAAUAAUAACAAUAAUGAUGAUAAAAUAACAAAUGAUGCUUCCACAUUUAAGAAGGAUCAAGCUGUAGAAGACAUACCAAAUAAUAAUUAUAAUAAUAAUAAGACAGAAGAAGAAGAAGAAAGUUUUAAUAAUACUCUUAAACAACAGGGUGAUAAUAAUAUCGUAUGGAAUAAUUAUCAAAAUAAUGAUAAUAUAUUUACAUCUAAGGGAGUUAACCUUGUUAUUGAUUCUAGUGAAAAAAAUAAAAAUGAACCCAUUGAAUUGAUAACACCAGAUAAAAUAAAUGAAAAUACUUGUAGCUUCUUUAUUAAUAAAAAUGUAAAUACUACAAAUAUAUUAUCGAAUAAAGGAGACGUAGAAAAUAAAGAGAAUGUUGACAUCAAUUUAUUUGAUAGAAUUCCAAAAAAAGGUGUUUUUAAUUUAAGUUCUAAUAAUUAUGAGAACAAAGAAGAAUUUGAUAAGUUUAAUAAAAUAUAUACAAAUUUAAGUUGUGUUAAUAAAAAUAUUAAUUUUAUAAAUACAUAUGUACCUUCCAAUGUUGUAAAUAUAAAUCAUUUCAUAGAAGACAAUAAUAGUUGUUCUAACACAUAUGAUACUCUAUCAAAAACAAAUGAUAUAUUUUUAAAAAAAAUGAAAAGUGAUAAUAAUACUAUACAAACAAAUGAAGAGUUCAAAAUGAUAAUGAGAGAUUUAAACAAGGAGGUUACAAACAAAAAUUUUAAUUAUCAUAUAAAAAAUGAUCAAACUAAUAAUGUAAGUGGUGUUGUUGAUCAUAAUAAUGAUGAUAAGAUAUUAAAUAAUAAAGACAUAUUUAAUAUUACAGGAUUGAAUGAUAAAAUAAUAAAUAUAUGUAAUAAGAAUGAUAAUAUGUUCAUAAAUAAUAAUAUGUCGAUAAAUAAUAAUAUUCCAUCUAAUAACAAUAUUUCACUUGAUAACAACAAUAGUAACAAUUUUUUUUUAAAAUAUGACUGCUUAAAAAAAAGUGGUAUGGAUAUAAAUAUGUUAAGUUGUGAUGAAAAAUUAAAGUUAUUAAAUGAAACAGCUAAAGAAAUUACUAUAAAUGAGGAAUCUGAUUUUAACGGAAUAAUACCUGACCAUGUUCAGAAAAUAAUUGAGAGAAGAGAAUAUUUUAAAAAUUUAAACCAAUCACCAAAAAUUGAAGAGAAAAGAAUAGGAACUAAAAAAAUGAAACCAUUUGUACCUCUAGAAUAUAGUGAAUCGUUUAGAAAUACAUUUUAUAAGAAUGAAGAUAAUAAGAAUAAUAUAUUUUCUUUACAAAAUUUGGGUGCACUGGAUAUAAUAAAAACCUCAUCAAGGACGAAUAAUAAUAACAACAUGGUUAAUAUGAAUAAUAUGAAUAAUUUGAAUAAUAUGAAUAAUAUGAAUAAUAUGAAUAAUAUAAAUAAUAUGAAUAAUAUGAAUAAUAUUAAUAAUAUGAAUAAUAUCAAUAAUAUCAAUAAUAUCAAUAAUAUCAAUAAUAUCAAUAAUAUCAAUAAUAUCAAUAAUAUCCAUAAUAUCAAUAAUAUCAAUAGACCAAGGAAUGAACUUAAGAAUGAUGUUUUUUCGCCUCAUGAAGAAAAUUUUUUAAACAAUAAUAUAAAACAAAAUAUUUAUAGUAACUCAAAUAACAGUGCAAGCAUUUCCUCUACAUAUUUUAAUGAUGACAUUUGCAUGUUAAAAGAUAACAAAAUAAACAAAAAUAUUAUAAGUGUGAAUGAUAAUAAUAAGAAUGUGAAUGACCAUAUGAUAAAUAACUUUAUAAACGAUGAAGAAAAGAGAGGGAACUACUUAUUAAAUAUUGAAAAAGAAAUAAACAAUGAAACUAAUUUUAUAUCUAAUAUAUAUAAUAAUUUAGAGAAGAAUAAUUUUAUAUAUAAUUAUGACAAUGGAUCUAAAGAUUUAUCCAUUGAUAAUAAUAAUAAUAAUAAUGAUAAUAGUAAUGAUAAUAAUAAUGACAAUAAUGAUAAUAGUAUUUAUAAUAAUAAUCAUAAGAAAAAAAAAAUAGAAUCUCUUAAUAAUACUAGUGAUAAUGAUAUGAAUUCCUUUAGUUGUCUUGAAAAUGAUGAUGUAUGUUCAUCAUAUACACAAAAAAAAAGAAAACUUUUAUUAAACAAUGAAAAUCUUGAAGAAGAUAAUUUCUCACAAGAAAAUGAAACUUCAGAUAUAUCAUCAAAAGAUAAUAGAUGUAUACAUAUGAAUAAUUAUGUUAAUCAAAUAAGAAACUCCAGAUCAUUAUCUGAUAUAUCUUUAAAUUUAACUAAAUAUACUUUAGAAAGUGAAAAAAUAUUAUGUGAUAUUAUAAAUGAUAAUUUUAAUAUGUCCAUAAAAGUCUCAUCUUUAAAUGAUCUCCCUUAUUUUUUUGACGAAGAAAAGAUACAAUAA